AUGAGAGUAGUGAGGGGACGGACACUACAUGUGUUGGACACAAAUGUGGAUCAGUUUGUGGGCAUUCCAUACGCCGAACCCCCGGUCGGCAAACAUAGGUUCGCAAAACCCGAACCCAUUUCUAAACCAUUUACCGAUAUAAUCGAUGCGACUAAAGUUAAAAACUCGUGUAUGCAAAAUGCGGGUCCAAUGCCAGUCAUUCCGGGCACAGGUAUGAGUGAAGACUGUCUGGUGCUUAACAUAUGGACAGCAGAUGUGAAGGCAAUAAAACCAGUUAUGUUUUGGAUUCACGGCGGAGGCCUAACAUAUGGCACAAUAUUUCAAGAGUGGUAUAACGGGAGCGCUUUGGCCACCAAUGAUGUGGUGGUUGUGUCCGUCAACUAUAGGUUAGGACCGUUUGGUUUCCUAUACGGGGAUCGGGAGGACGCGCCCGGAAAUGUCGGCUUUUAUGACCAGUUGUUAGGCUUGAAAUGGUUUANACCGUUUGGUUUCCUAUACGGGGAUCGGGAGGACGCGCCCGGAAAUGUCGGCUUUUAUGACCAGUUGUUAGGCUUGAAAUGGGUUAGAGAAAACAUCCACUUAUUUGGCGGAGAUAGGGAUCAGAUCACCAUUUUUGGUGAGAGUGCCGGCAGUCAGUCAGUGUCUGCACACAUACUCUCCCCGCUGUCUAAGGGUUUGUUUAAGAGGGCUAUACUGGAGAGCGGCGCCCAUAUGUUCAAUAAGGACAGGGAUUUGGUCAACAAAACUGAAGGCAUAUCUCAGGGCAAAAAUAUGGCGAAACAAUUGAAAUGCAAUGAAACCGAAGAUUGGAUUCAAUGUCUGCGAAGAGCGGACGCCAGGGAUAUACUCAAAUAUGCAACCACCAUGUUUACUUUCCCCAUAUUAGGCACUGAGUUUUUGCCCAUAUCUGCCCGACAAGCAUUUGACGAGAAAAAAUUUAAUACAAAUAUCGACUUAAUCGCUGGCAUCACCCAAAACGAGGGCAUAGGCUUUGUUCCUCUACUGGUCGCCAAUCCGGAGCGCAUAACGCUCACCGACUUUCACAACGGGGUAAACGCUAUCGAUUCUUUGGGUUUUCACAACAUUAAUAUACCGAAAGUGACGGAACAUUACCUGAAAGGUGUCAACACUAGCGAUAGUCAGUCACUUCGCACUGCUUUAGGCGCAGUAAUCGGCGAUAUAGUACUCAUAUGUCCGACAUAUCUGUUCGCCAAACGGUUCGCACAAACUGUCAAAGAGUCGCAAAAGGUUUACUUUUACGAGUUGUUGUACGCGAGUAAUUAUUUUAGUAAACAAAUGGCUUGUGAUGUGCCGACCAUGGGCAUUUGUCACGGCAUGGAUGUGCCCUUUGUAUUUGGUUUACCACUCAUUCAUCCCAAUGAUUACACACCAGAAGAUAUCUAUUAUGCUAAUGUUGUGAUAAAAAUGUGGACAAAGUUUGCCACUCAUGGUCAUAUGGACUCCGAUUGGCCGCAAAUGUUAAACAAUGAGCCGAUGGGUGCGCCCAAAGUCCACGGUUUGGACCCAAAGGACUUACGGCUUGUACUCAAUGACCCGUUUCACGAAACUUGUGAUGGCGUUUGGGCCGACUACUAUUUAUAA